AUAAAAAGGUCGUAGAUGAUUCGCGGUACUUUACAUGGCGGUUGAAUGACUGGCCGGUUGGCAUAUAUAAACUGUGGCUGAAACACGGUGCAUCAGUGCGUUUCCCGCCAACACGGAGACACAAGGACUCGAAAAUGAGUUUUGUUAAAAGUUUCGCUGCGCUAGCAGCUUUUGCUGCCAUGAGUGCCUCCCUCCCCGUGGAAGAUGGCCCCAUCUUGGCCGAAGUGCCCGCCGAGGUCUUAUACACGGUUUCCGACCCGCCGCAGCAUCUGAGGUUGCCUUGCAGUAUCACUGGCCGCUCGCAAAACGUACUUUACACAUGGCAAAAGGACGGGAAACCAUUCGACUGGAGCAAACACGCCAAUAUCGUUAAGACAGACAAUGAAGGAACUAUAGUCUUCUUAAAACCGAAAGACGAUGAUGAAGGUCACUAUCAAUGCUUCGCUACCUCCGACGUUGGAGUCGCCAGCACAAGGAUCAUAAACGCCAAAAGAGCCUAUAUAAAAGUACCAAAAGUUACUGUUCAAAGACACAAACCGAUUGACGGUUCACCCGUUAAAUUAGACUGUCCGAUACCAGAUGCUUACCCUAACCCGACAAUUGAAUGGAGACUGCAAUUAGAAAGUGAUCCUAAAGUGUCUAACGAAGUAGCAAAUUCACGUUACACGGUGGCACCAGAUGGCGCAUUAUACAUUUCUAGUGUUGAAAAAUCGGAUACUUUCGAUAAUUUCAAAUACGUCUGUCUCGCAUCAUCUCCUGCUGUUGCCAAACCGGUCGUCCUUGCUGAACAUUAUAUUGAAGGUCUGGAUUCGAAUAAGGGACAUGAUUACACAGAAGUUGUACCACAAUAUUUGAACCAGAACCAAACUCUCAAAGUCGGCGAGCGUACUUACCUGUUUUGCAUUUUCGGCGGCAAUCCUCUAGCGCAUCCCGAUUGGUUCAAAGACGGUGAAGAUGUUAACAACUCGCCACAAGACCGUGUCACGCGGUACAACAAGAGUAAAGGCAAGAGGCUCCUCAUCAGAGAUGUCUGGCUCUCUGACCAGGGAAAGUACGUCUGCAAAGCAGAUAAUGAGAAGAGCACACCCAAAGAGCAUUCGUUCUACGUAACAGUUGUCAGUGCCCCAUCAUUCGAUAAGAAACCACCAACAUAUAUCGCGGCAAAGGAAGGUGAAGCAGUCACCAUACCUUGCUCUGUCCUUGCGGUUCCCACAGCAGAAAUAUCCUGGACAUAUAAUGGCCAUUCCCUUAACCGUAAUGGCGUCAACUUUAAUAAAUCUAAUGAAAAUAACCGUACGGUAACAGAUCUACACAUUGCCAGUGUCAAGAAAUCGGACGGAGGGUAUUACGGUUGCAAUGGUGUUAACCAACAUGGUGACGUAUACGCUGAAACUUUGUUACGCGUCGCUUAAAUUUCAAUAUAU